CAGUGCGUACCUACCGGUAACAAAUGCAAAAUGGCGGAGAAAGAUCCUACUUGUAAUCCUAUACAGCCCUUGCUGGAGAAGACUGAACAUGGAGCAGAUCUUCCCAGUGAUGCUGAAAUUGCAUCCGCUCCUCAGGCUGUGCCUGGUCCAGAGGACUUUAAAAACUUUGACAUCGUCAGGGCAACCCAGUAUGGUGCUUUUGAUCGCGUCAGGGAGCUGAUUGAGGCAGGGUUCGAUGUCAACCAGAUGGAUAAAGAGAAUGUCAGCCUCCUUCACUGGGCCGCUAUAAACAACAGGGCCCAGAUAGUCAAGUAUUUCAUAGCCAAGGGUGCGGUUGUAGACAAGUUUGGCGGAGACCUAAAUUCUACCCCACUACACUGGGCAACAAGACAAGGCCACCUGUCCAUGGUAGUUCAGCUUAUGGCCUAUGGUGCUGAUCCUUCACUCAGAGAUGGAGAAGGGUGUAGCUGCAUCCAUCUUGGCGCCCAGUUUGGUCACACAGCCAUUGUGGCCUACCUUAUUGCUAAGGGUCAAGAUGUGGACAUGGUGGACAGGAACGGCAUGACCGCUCUCAUGUGGGCCUCAUACAGGGUGUUUGGGUAUGAUCCUGUGCGGCUACUGUUGACAUGAGCUUCCGUGAACAAGGCUGACAAAUACCAGGGCAACACUCCCAUACACUGGGCAGCACAGACAGGCAACAACCUUGUCAUGAAGAUGCUGCUCGAUGCAGGAGCUGAUCUCAAUAUUGAAAACGCUAAGGGCCAAACCCCUGUCGAAGUUGCUGUGAGCACCAAGAACAUAGGCCUGGUGAAGAGACUGCGGAGAGUGAGGUAUGAGAAGGGCCUGGAUCGGUCACAUGUCUUCCAGUCUUACACCACAGACAAGACAGUACGGAAGUAUUUUGCAUACAUCUUCCCCUUUGUUGCCCUGUUUGUGAUUGGUUACAUCCCGGAAACGUCCUUGACCUGGGUGGAAAAACUGGGUUUUUACCUCAUCACGUUUGGAGUGUGGAAACUCUCAACAAUAUUCUUCUUCGAUGACAAUGUGACCCAGCUGAUGCCCGUGUCCAUCUACCUGGCCACCAAGUUCUGGAUGUACUACACAUGGUUUACCUACCUCUACCCUUAUGCGGGCGACACAUGGAAGAAUGUUGCUUUUAUUGUCAACACAUUACUGCUGACUUACAACUUCUGGAAAGCAUGGCGGACUGACCCAGGAUACCUCAAGAGUGAAAGGGAAGAAAAGAUCAAGACUAUUCUUGACCUAGCUGAAAGACAGACCUUGACCUUGGCCCAGUUCUGCAGCACAUGCUUGAUACGUCGACCAAUCAGGUCGAAGCAUUGCUCCAUCUGCGAUUGCUGUGUAGCCAAGUUUGAUCAUCACUGUCCCUGGGUUGACAACUGUGUUGGUGCGUUCAACCACAAGUACUUCCUCGGCUUCCUCUUCUUCCUCAUGGCCAUGCUGGGCUGGUGUCUCCAUGGUAUCUUCCUCUUCUGGAGACAUGAGUGCCCAUUUGAUAUCUACGAAGAUGGUAUCACUGGCGUUAUAUACAAGAUCUUCAAGAGGUCUCCAUGGGUGGGCUGGAUUGCCAUCAAUGCUUUUGGUCAUAUAUUCUGGGUCACCUGUCUGUUUGUAUGCCAACUUUAUCAGAUCAUGUGGCUGGGCAUGACAUCAAAUGAACGUCUCAACCAGGGACGAUAUACCCACUUCCAUAAGUAUGCCAAUGAGAGACAUGGUCACGGUCACGGUCACGGUCACAGUCAUGGUCAGGAACAAGGUCAUGGCCACAGUCAUGGCCCCCCAGAAGACCGUCAGCCACCGAAGAUUGUUAGUCCAUUCCACCGUGGCAUUGUCAGGAAUUUGAACGAUGUGCUGGACGUACGAUGCUGUGGGUUACUGCGACCCAGUAGGAUUGACUGGACAAAGAAGUAUGAUGCUGAAGAUGUCACAGACGUGUCGCGUCGCAUGCCACUCCAUGUCCCCCCGAGAAAACUACCAGUUUGUGUGACUGUAUCACUCCAUACCUCCAUCUUCAUUCAUUAUUGUGAUCAGCUGAUUGGGUGAUUGACACUUGUGUGGUAGAUUUCAUACUGUUCGACUGCGAGCUGUGCAUGUAUAUUUAAACACCAGAAUUUCUCACCAUGAUCUGUAUAUAGUGAACAUGAUUUCUGUUGUUUCUGUAACCAUGACAGUGCCAAUUACGAAAAUGUUAACGAUCAAAUGUCAAAUUCCUGGUUGCCUUUUAGAAAUAUCACACAAUCCAACUGUUAAUAUAUAUAUAUAUAUACACACUGAUAAAUUAAAACACAUGUACAUACAUUUCUUUCUUCAAAGUUAUUUCCCCACAUUUUCAGCAAGUUGUAUAUAUGGGUACCAGGGAGUCAGAACACAUGCAUAAAUUUGCAUAUUAAUUAUCUGAUGACAAAUAUAUAAGAAGCUGUAUAUAAGCCCAGGAAAUUUAUAAGCAUUCUUUUUAUUAAUUGUUAUGCAUCGUUUUAUACAAAAUUAGAAUAAAGUUAAUGUUUUUAGUUAUUAUUUCCCUCUGAAUUGCAUAGCAAAUUUUAUUAUUGAGAUAGAAAUAUUAAAACUGCUACUUGUAGUCCUAGGUCAUGUAGAAACGAAAUAACCAUUGAUUUUCUUUACUAUUUUUGGAAUUGUCUCCAUCUAGUACUACAGGGAUGAUGCUGGGGUCAUUCUUGUGAGUCGUCCAAACCUGCGGCCCCCAAGACCCUUGGCUCAUUCUUGACCCAUUCUCAUCCCUGGUACUAUUCAUGUUCCACACAUCGGACCACACAUCCCAGGACCAUUUCAGUGUCAAACACUAAUUUCAACAGUCAGAGUUGGUGGUGGUGUGAAAUGGGGUUUAACAUCUUGUUCAGGAUAAGUCCCCUUUCAUAGAAUCGUGCACACGUGUAUGGCUGCUUGUAUUAGUCCAGACAGCCGUGUUUAAAUAUGAAUGCCCCAUUAAGACAGAGUUUACUGACUCAAAGCUGACCAGCCUUGUUUUCUCCACUUCAUGCUGAAGGUCAGACAGGAACACAUCAGCAACCCAUGCUUGUCAGAGGUGACUAACAGGAAUCGGUGGUCAGGCUUGCUGACUUGGUUGACAAACGUCUUUGUAUCCCAAUUACGUAUGUUGAUGCUCAUGCUUUUGAUCACUGGAUUGUCCGGUCCAGACUCCAUUAUUUACAGAUCGCCGUCAUACAGCUGGAAUAUUGCUGAGUGCAACGUUAAACAACAAACCAAUUAAAACAUCGCGUAUCAAGGGCACUGUGGUAUGAUGCGACCAAUUGAUCAAACUACGGCCCUACUGCUCUCAAUGGAAAUGGUUGAUUUUGAUGAGAAGAAGCUUCCAGAUUACUUUGGAAGUGCAGUGUGAAAUGGCU